GGGGCUCUUAAAGGCGCCGCCGCGCGUCCCGCUGGGAUGGGGGCUUCGCUGUGCCGCAGCGCUUCCCCGGGGAAGGCGUAGCCGGUCGCGCUUCCUGCGCCGCCCAAGCCGGUCAUGGCAAGGCCCGCGGCCGCUUAUGAGGUGGCGGUACCGUCCCGCCUCGCCUGCGUCUACACCAGCUGCUACUGUGAAGAAAACGUUUGGAAACUUUGUGACUACAUCAGGAGUCAGGAUCGAUACCCUUUAGAAGAAUUUUAUGCUGUUUUCAUAUCCAACGAUAGGCGGAUGAUUCCGCUCUGGAAACAGAAAUCGGGACAUGGAGAUGAGCCUGUUGUCUGGGACUACCAUGUUAUUCUACUUCAUGUUUCCAGUGGGGAGCAGAACUUCAUAUAUGAUCUUGACACAGUGUUGCCGUUCCCUUGUCCUUUUGAAUUGUACAGUGUGGAGGCCUUUAGGCUGGAUGACAGCCUUCGUCCAGAAUUUCACAGGAAAAUCAGAAUGAUUCCAGCAGAUUUGUACUUGAAGACGUUUGCUUCAGACAGAUCUCAUAUGAAAGAUGCAAAUGGGAAAUGGCAGAAACCUCCUCCUUCAUAUCCGUGCAUUGAAACUGCAGGGAAUCCUUCUUCAGUGUAUGUGCUGAUGAGCUCCAAACUGGGCACAGUGUUCCGGUUCUGGGCUGAUGUACUCUGGUCUCCUGGUUAGUUGGCUGAAUGUUGCAGAGGAAAGAAACUGGUCACCCUGCACCCACUGAAGAUGGAAGGUCACUCACUAUGUUGCUUUAAGAUCCGGGUCAGAAUAGAUUGUAUCAAAUCUAGGAUGUGUAGUUCAAGUUGUCUCUUAUCCAGUACCAGUUUCUCCAGCCUUGUUUUUUGUCUUCCUUGUAUUCACUUGAGAUAUCUCUAUAAUGAUGCAUGCUUCAGUGAGCACAGUGCUGUAAGUCACUGUGGAGUCUGGGUUUAACUGUUGUGGAACAAGCAGGUGCUUUAACUUAUAGCUGAAUCCAAGUCCUGUACUUCAGUGGUGUGGUUCCAUAGGUGAGCACAUGUCCUGCAGGCCAACUUAAAGGUUUAGAAAACAUUUCUGUCAACAAGUGGAACUGGUAAUUCUCUUCCUUUGGUAAAAUAAUAUCUCAGCACAGUUUUACUGGGCAUAAAAGCGCCUUGUUUAAAACUUGAUGGAAGACUGUGUGGCAGACCUUUUGUUAUCAUAGCACAGCCUGGGGAAUUUGGCAUGGACAUGAACAUUAAUACCGUUGCAGAUAACUGUUUUCUCCUUGCUGUUUCACUUAGAUAGUGUUCUACUUUACAUGUUAAUUUGCUUUUGUGUAAGAUUAAAUUGCUUACAUAUUUUAUGUUGGAGGUAACUGGAAUUUAAUCUAUUCUGACAGAAUAGAUCGCAUUGUUUUAGUAUCAAUUUAUUUGUGAGGCAUAUUUAGAUCAGAGUGUUGUUGUUAAUAUUAUUUUGCUGUCCAAAAAAGUAGCCAAAUUCCUAAGCUUUUGAGAUGAUUACAAAAUUAAAGAGAAGUAAUAUGAAAAUCUUGUAUGCUAUGUAUCUUCUUUGAUGUUAAACUGAUAUUUAAAGACUGAAAAAAAAUACGAUAAAAGUGUAUCAGUCUUUUUUAAUAUAUGAACGUUGUACUGUUAAAAAGAAAUGUGCCUUUGAACUCUUGGUAUUUAAUGCUAACCAGCACUCCAAUACUGUUGUGUUGAUGCAAUUUGGUAUAUGCUAAAGCAAAUUAGUUACAUUUAUGUACACUGCUCUUCUUAUCCCCCUCGCUUUUAGCUUUUAGUAAACUUAAAAAGACAAGAAUGUUUGGUCUCAGUACUAAAAUGUUGUCUCUUACAGAGCAGAGCAGCUGUCAAGCCCAAAUAUAGCACUUUGGAAAAGGAAAUUGCAUAAUAUCUUAAGUCUGACGUAAGCUAAAUAGGGCCAUCAUUAGGAUAAUGUAAUUAGCCAAUGCAGAGCUAGGACAGGAUACUUGAACUAGUGAUACUAUUUUAUGAAGUAUACCAGGAUAUGUUUAGUGAAUGUGAAAUUCCUUUUAGAAUUGAAUCAAGGAAUUUCUCAGUAACCAAGUAAGCAUGUUUUCCCUACUCUUGACUCAAAAGGAAUAAUUCUCAAACUAUUUGUGCUACUCAUGGAAUUGCAAAAUAAACCUUCUAAAAUAAGCUCAUCUGGAAUCAUGAAUUCCAGUCCAUGCUUAAAAUUGAAGCUGGAACUAGGUGGUAUUUUUCUUUUAAAAAGAACCUUGGCAUAAUUUUUUAGAAGAAUAAACAACCCCAAACCAACUGACUAAAAAAAAAAACACUCAGACUCCUCAAUAUCUCAUCAGAACUCGUGUGCUAAGCAUUAGCUUUUGCAGCUGGCUCUGCUCUAGCCAUUUCUCAGAGUUAGGCUCUGUGUUUCAUAGUGGUUUUGCUCUGGUCUCUUCUGCUUUGCUGCUGUGUGCGCCAGGAGAACCUGACUAGCCUAACUGUGUGCACAGGGCUUUCUCCCCCAGCAGUGUCCUCAAAGCGGCUCUGCUGGAGUGAGCAUUCCUGGGUUGCAGCAGAUUCCCCUGGUCUCACUUGUUUGCCAGUUGAAAGGAAACAGAGGCAAGUCUGUUAUUUUGUUAAAAUAAUAAAAUGUAAGUAGGUAUGGUUUGGUGCAUAGAUUCAUCAUUCUAGGGCUGGUGAGCCCAGCUUUAGGUUAGUCUUCUUUCCACAAAUUAAUGAGGCCUAAUUCUGCUUACUUUGAGUCUUGAUGAGAUCAGCUCUCCUUACUGCAAGCCUGUAUAAAAUACAGCUUGCACAGUGCAUUUCAAAAUUACUCAGAACAGAUGGUCUUACAGCUUAUGUACAACUCUUAAGCAUCAGCUCUAAUGCUGAAAAUCAUUAGUUUGAAUUUCAGUUCUCCCCAGGUGUUCAGUAACACACUGGCAGGAUUGAUUUGUAAAGGCUUUUUGUUCUAUUUAUUAUCAUUAAAAUCCCUGGUGGUCAUAAAUUUUGGAGUUUUUACUUGUGGUUUUUUGUUGUUUUGAAGAGCAUGAGUGGGACAGCUGGGGCAUUCUGGAGGCACUGAGUAUGGCACAUCUAUGUAAUGGGCAAGCUGCUAGACAGAGGCCAGACAGGUGUCUGCAGUAUCUUUCUGUAUCUCCUAUCUGAGGUGGUGGUAGGAUCCCAGUGAAAGCCAGAAGGAAAGCACUGAAAUGGGUGUAAGUAGCUCUUAUGCACUUCAAGGGAACCUUCUGCUCCUCUCAUCUGAGAAUAAAACUCUGGUCUGUCAAGUUAGGUCCUUACUUCAUGAGCUUUUGUGAAAGUAAAGAAUGAAGUCAGGAUAGAGGCAAUAAAAGUACAACUAAGGAUAGAAGAAGCAUUUAGAUUCAGUCAAUGUUUUUUUGAAGUUACACCACUUUCUGUGAAAGAUAACUUAGGGUGAUGGACUUUGUUUUACACUGAGAUGGACCAGGAUGGCUUGCCCAGUCAGUUAUGUCUCUCCUGUGGGAAGGGAACAGCAUCCUCCAGCUGGGUGCAGUAACAGCCUUACCAACUCUGCCUGCAAAACCAUUCCUCUCCCUGCUCAGGUAAGGGAGGAGGAUCUGAAGAGAACUGUAGACACCUACACAAGUCUGUGAAUGGACCAACUUUCUAAGUAUUUAGGUGCCCCCAAGGUUAGGCAGCAGCAGAACUGGUGUUACAGGCUUUGUUUCAGACUUGCUCAAUUCCCUUCGGCAGCUGCCAUUAUGCAGAGUUAGUCCAAGGUCUGCAAGCCAAGCUGAGGUGUGGGUGAAACACUGCUGUCUAACUAUUGUUAGCAGACGCCACAAGGGUCGUGGCUAACAGUGCCAUCUAAUAGUGCGUGACCUUUUAUUUCAUCCCUGCUUGAGGCAAAAGUGUCAGACUUCAUUUGAACAAAUAAAAUUAUACAAGAAUUCUGCAGUGCACCAAGUAGGUCUCAUUGGCAGUGUGUGUGUGUGUGUGUGUGUGUGUCAAAGUGAGUUUGGUCGAACAGGAAGCCUUGGCUCUGAGCGUGCAUAAGUGCAAGCUGGUGUAACAGCCAUAGCACCUGAGGAGGACUGCAAGUGUAAUGUUAAUAUUUAAAAAAAAAAAAUCUGCUGCUCUUGACCUCUUAUAAAUAUUACUUAAAGCAUGCUCCUCCUUGCUUUUGUGGAGAAAUCCUUUUGGUUUGUCAACUGCAGCAUCCAGGCCAACUCUUCUGUAAAUUCUGCUGUUUGUCACUCCUUCUGCUUUGGGAAGAGGACUUUGUGGUGUUCUCAUGCAUUUUUGCUGACUUGUUUCUGAAAACUGUCCAACAUUACAUGCAUGGCAUUCAGAUAUGGCCCACGAGUGAGAAGUGUGGCAUAGAGAGAUUUAUCUCCUGAACUGAAUAAAAUAGGAGAGGAUUGUUAACUAUGGAUACCUCUCGUACUGUUUCAGUGCCAUCUACUGACCAGUUCUUAAACUGGCUGCUCUUCACUUCCAUUCUCGUUUGUUUUAUUAAAACAAUAUUUCCUUUUAUUAAACUUCUCUGAUGGACUGUGUUAUGCUUUGCCACAAUCCUUCUGAAUUUAAGAGAAUAUUUCAUUUCCUACAGACAAUGUGACAGCAGCCUCUGAGUUGCUAACAAGAGCAGCUGUGUUUUUAACUCUAAUGGGACAAUCCCCUUUAGGCUUCUUUACUGUUUACAGCACAGUUUUAUGAAAUUAUUAUUCUACUAUGCCCCGUGCUCAUAAAGCAGGUAAUUAUUUAUCCUUCAAAUCGUAAACUCUCUGAAAGAUCACAUUAAUUUUAACCAAGACUGUCUGAGAAGAAAACACAAGUUGGGAAUUGGAAAACAGCCUUACAAGUCUACCGGCAAGCAAGAGCUGUUAUCUGCUGCUACUUUUUCUUGAGCUACAACUUCAAAUUACUGGGCUGGUGCUAUUUUAAAUCUCCAUAGUCGGACAGAAAUUAGCCCUGGUCUGUCAGAGUCCCUUCAGCAGUAGGAAGAUUCUUGACUGAAUAUGAGAAUUUUCAAUGUGCAGAGCCCAGACAGGUUACCAAGAAGAGAGUUACAGCCAGACCUUGGAAGUGGUGAGAGCUGGGAUUGGGCAAAUCAUAAACCACUGCCAUAGUGUAGAUGUAGUGCAGAGACCUUUAGGGCCUGGGUUGUGGCUGGGACUUCUGGGUCUGGGAUUCCCAAACAUUGUCUUCCAUUCUUCACUUAUUCUAUCCAUAACAGUAAGCCUAACUACACAAGGUUUUUGCAGCUGAAGCAAAUUCCAUUCUAUGAAUUUUUUAAGCUAUCCAUUAUAGCCUACUUCUGUUUGGUUCUUACUCCUUAAAUGCACGCAUGAACCAUCUAUGUUAAAACAAAUACUUAAAUAUCGUAGGAAAGCUAUAACAGUAAAUCCAAUGGCUUUCCCAGUCUGUUUGUUAAACUUAUUCUCUUACAAUUUUAUUUUAAUGGGCAUUUUAAAAGAUGAUUUGUGCAGAUCAUCAGUGAGAACAUAAAACAACAACAAAAUCACAAAUGUUUGUAUUCAGAGUUGAACAGGGUGAGGAAUCUGAAACCUCUGAUUAGUGUUUUCUGAGUUAGAAAAGCUUCUACCGGGCCAGGUCUCAAAAAAGGCUGUAAGGCACCUGAACCCAACAUUGCACACCAGCACUUUGCACUGAGCUCUCUGGGAUCCACGGAUGGAAGAGAAUGGUUUCUGCGUCUCCUGCAGCAGUCAGAGCAGAUGAAACUCCUAGCAAAGUGCAGUCGUGCUUACUUUUGUCUUGAAGCUAUGGCAGUAAUCAUUUUCUCGCCUCUGACUUCAUUCAGUGGUUCAGGAUUCAAAAAUUCAAAAAAAAAAAAAAAAAAAAAAAGUGUUUGCCUGCAGCCUACAUUCGUGCCCUUCUUUGCUGGAGCUUCCCUUGAGGCUAUGGGCUGGGUUACUUCUGUUUCCUCCAGGCUGCAUGUUCCUCCAUCUUUGCAGUGAGCCAGGGUACAGCAAGGGCAAAGUUCAGGGCUGGAGAUGGAGGAAAUACUGUAGCCUGGAGAGUAACAAACUGUGGGCCAAGGGGCUGAUCGCUUCUGAGAGACGCUAAGCAACUUCCAAUUCUGUCUGUUCUGAUCCAGUUCCUCUGUAGUCAGUGCAAGAGCUGACUCAGUUGAGUUUGAUUCAGAACUUAAUAGGGGAAUAAUCUCUCUCCUGCCUUUGGGUGAUCAAAUCUGUGUGAAUGCAGGAAGAAUACAAGCACCUGUUUGCAUUGCAGUUCCCUGUAUAGGUCGUUACUUGCACCCCAGUUCUCUGGCAGUACUCGACCCUUCUAGACUGCUGUUGCAGAGAAAAGUCUUACUCUUUCCUGUGCAUACUGGUUUCUAAUGACUAAAGAUGCUUGGAAAUCUGGUAGUGUGAUUAUUGCCAUGGGCAGAGAGAGGGAUUGGGGCAAAAGCAACCUUUCAGAGAUGGGAAGUGCAUGUUGUCAUAGCACCAUAUGAUCUGCAGGAUCUUGGCAGACUGCUACUUGGCAAGCGUGCUAUUAACUCUUCACUAUUGUGAACUAUCAAACAGGGGGUUUUAGGCAUUUUCUUGAUGUAUACCUGUGCUAUAGAAGCUGCAUCAGGAGCUUAAAUAUUUCCCUUUUCUGGUCUUUAUUUAGACUCCAAAAUGAACUUGGAUGAUUUCAUCAGUAUGAAUCCCAAAGUGGGAUGGGGGUCAGUGUUCCCCCUUUCAGUCUUUGUGCAUCGAUUUAGCAGACAGACUGAUAACUAUUCCUCAGAAGGACGGUGAAUUGAACAAAGAAUUUCUCCCUGCUUCUGUUCUGAGUCGGUGUGUUUUUGUUUUGCUGCUCUUACAUUGUAUUUAUGGUUUACAUUUCUGUACAUGGAAUAAGUAUUUGGGAAAACAGAAUGUGCAAUCUGAAAUAUCAUGAACUGAAUA